AUGAAAUGUCAAACCAUUGCCAAACUCACAUGUUGAAUAUGUCAAAUUAAUACUGUAUACAUACGUUUGUCAAAACCUCAAAGUUUUCACGUGCUAAUAUUUUUAUUGUAUUAGUAAUUGAAUUAAUAAUAUUUUUAUAUAGAAUGUUAUCAUUUUAAAUUUUCAUUGGUCCUAUUUUAAUUUAAGAAGUACAUUAGUUUAUGUUGUGUAACAUUUUUAUUGAGCCAUGUCUCGACUUAUCGUAAAAAACUUACCAAAUAAGGUAACCGUAGAAAAGCUACGGGAUAUUUUUAGUGAAAAGGGUGAAGUAACUGACGUUCAGUUAAAAUACACAAAGGAUGGUAAGUUCAGAAACUUCGGUUUUAUUGGAUACCGGACAGAAGAGCAGGCUUCAGCUGCUAAAGAACAUUUCAAUGGCACAUUUGUAAAUAGCAUGAAAAUUAAUGUUGAAGUUUGUGCAAACUUAGGCGAUGAGAAAAAACCUAGAGCGUGGAGCAAGUAUGCUAGUGAUAGUACAGCGUAUAAAAAAAUACAUAAAAAUGAUGUUCCUGAAAGAGAAAAACCCAAGAAGGGCAAAAUAUCGAAAGCAGAAAAAAAUAAAAAUAAAAUUAUGGAUCUUCUAAAAAAGCACAAAGGAGAUCCAUUAUUCACAGAAUUUAUUGAAGCUCAUAUAAAUGAAAAAACAGCUUGGAUCAAAGAUGCUCUGGAAGAAAGUUACAAAAGUGAUGGUGAUAGUGGAGUUGAAAAUGAAUCUUCGGAUAAACUUGAAACAACUGAGAAAGAUGAAGCUAAAGCUUCUGAUACUGAUGAUAAAGAAAAAGAGAGAGUUGAAAAAGUACAAAAAGCAGCGGAUGCACAGAUAAGUGAUUUACAGUAUAUGAAAAUACUAAUGAAGAAAGUGGAUGGCUUUACAGAAGAAAAAGAAAAGGAACAACUUGAUGAAGAUAAACCUAAAAAAAUUAGAAAUAGGCCUUUAUUACAUGUUAAGGUAACAGGUUUACCGUUUAAAUGUAAAAAAAAGGAUAUAAAGGAAUUCUUUAAACCUCUUGUCCCAUAUUCGAUAAGAUUUCCUUUAGGAAAAGGCAGAAAGCUGGCUGGAUUUUGCUAUGUCGGUUUCAGGACUGAAAAGGAAUACAAGAAGGCUCUCAACAAAGAUAAGCUAUUCAUAGGUAAACAUCGCUUGCAUGUACAGAAAUAUGAAGAUAAAGCUAAAAAAGCAGCAGAGGAAGAAGAACAAAAAAAUAUCAAAGAGAAGCAAGAGAAAGAAGGCAAUGAAGAGAGUAUAGGUGAGAGUGGCAGUAUCUUCGUACGGAAUUUACCCUACGUUGUUUCCGAACAGGAAGUCACCGAUUUGUUUGAAAAAUAUGGUCCUCUAGCUGAAGUAAACAUGCCUAUAGAUCCAGUAUUGCGUCAACCUAAAGGUUUCGCAACGGUUACAUUCGUAAUACCUGAGCAUGCAGUAAAAGCGUAUACAGAGCUGGAUGGUACGGCUUUUUGUGGGAGAAUGCUGCACUUAAUGCCGGCCAAAGCAGAAAAAACUGUCGAUGAAGACGAGGACGAAGGUUUAUCAUUUAAAGAAAAGAAGGCGAAAAAACUGAAACAGCAAGCAAAGUCAUCACACAACUGGAAUGUUCUGUUCCUCGGAGUAAAUGCCGUGGCAGAUGUCAUUGCAGCCAACUAUAACACAACUAAGGAAGAUUUACUGAAUGAUACAAAUAAAAACUCAAGUGCUGCUGUCAGACUUGCACUAGGAGAAACCCAGCUCGUCGCCGAAACGAGGGCAUUCCUAGAAGCUAAUGGAGUAUAUUUGGACGCCUUUAACAGGCCGGCAAAAAAGAGAUCAAAAACGUGUAUAUUAGUAAAAAAUUUACCAGCAGGCACAGAUAAAGAAGAAAUCAAAUCGUUAUUUGUAAAACAUGGGCAAUUAGCGCGAUUCUUGAUGCCGAACCACGGUAUCACGGCACUUAUAGAUUUCAUCGAACCAUUCGAAGCUAAAAAGGCGUUUACCAAAUUAGCAUACUCGCAGUUUAAAUCGGCACCGCUUUAUUUAGAAUGGGCGCCAGAGAAUGUAUUUGUCAAAACUUUAGACAAACCACAGGAACGUACAGAAAGUAUUGCUGAGGAAGUAGUAGAAAAAAAAAUAGAAACGCCUCAAGAAAAAGAAAUUAGUAAUGCCAUACCAGAAAGCAAUGAAAAAAAUAAAGUUAAGGAACCUAAUGUUGAAGAUGAGCAACCAGAAAAUGAUACAACGCUAUUUGUUAAAAAUUUAAAUUUCAAAACCACAGAAGAAUCUUUGAAAGAGCAUUUCUCCAGAUGCGGUAAACUACACAGUGUAACUAUCGCUAAGAAGAAAGAUCCGAAAAAUCCUGGACAGUUCCUGUCAAUGGGUUAUGGAUUUAUUCAAUACCUCAAAAGGGAACACACUAACGAAGCUUUAAAAGAGCUUCAAAGCUCCGUUCUUGAUGGCAAAACGUUGGAAUUAAAACGAUCGGAAAGAGGGAAUACUACUGAAGUGAAAUCGUCAAAGAAAAAUACAAGAGACACAGUGCAAAAUGGUACAAAAAUUCUUGUGAGGAAUGUGCCCUUCCAAGCUAAUCGAAGUGAAUUAGACGAAAUAUUUAGAGCAUUCGGAGACAUCAAAACCUUGAGGUUACCAAAGAAACUGACACCUGGCUCUGAACAACAUAGAGGAUUUGCCUUUGUUGACUUCUAUUCUAAAGCAGAUGCGAAGUCUGCUUUUGAAGCACUCUGCCAAUCAACUCAUCUUUACGGAAGGCGCUUGGUGCUUGAAUGGGCAGAUCAAAGCGACGAGACAGAGAAUGUCAAUUUAUUGAGAAAGAGAACAGCAGAUGCAUUUAACACUAAAGUAUCUGGUGGCAAAAAGUCAAGAAAAGGAGCAGUUGAUGUUGACACAUUUGUAGAUAUUGAUAAAUAAUACCAAUUCUUAGUUUAUUGUAAUAAAUAUUUUAUUGAAUUUU